CGCUGGGCGGGGUCUCGGGGGAUCCCGCGCAAAUUGAAAGGGGCCGACUUUGGGCGCUGCGCCGCAGCUGGUUUGCCUAAGUUCUGCGUGCCGGUUUCGGUUGCUGUGGCUCGGGUGAGGGGCGUUUGAGGCGGGCUUCCGGGCCCCAGUCCCGCUGCCCUCGAGCCGCGAGGAGAGCCCUUUCCGAAAAGUGAAGGGAGUGACCUGUGCGGAGGCUAACGGGUGGGUUCCUGCGGACCCCGCGUGGGUCGAUCAGCGCGUUCUCCCCAGUCUCUCUCCUGGGGUUCAGGGUUUUCCAGGAAGAGGAAGAGCAGGGCUGGCGAGGUUUUCCCACCCUGCAGCCGAGCCCUACACCUGAGUGCAGCCUUCGGUUCCGAGGGGAAGGUCUGGCCAAGUUGAGGCUGCGGUUCUGGGAGCGGAGGGAGCCCCCUCACGCCCCACAGGCGACGCCCGGCGGAGCAGCCACCAAGCAGCGGGACUUCUGUGUCCUCGGAAGCUGCCCAUCUCGUUUUCACGCGAAAGCGGCGCACUUGUCAACGCUGCGCACUCCAGUUUGUCCUGGCCGACGGAAGCGCGUGGCCUGGGUUGGGUUUGGCGGCCAGGCCUGCACGUUCCCGGCGAGACUUAUGGGAAUAAGGAGGUGAAAUUGCUGCUGCUCUUGCCAGCCCAGGCGCUUCGGGGAUCGCCGAGAGAUGAAGGGCGCGGCGCGGCGCUCGGUGCCUCCCGCUGUGCGAAGGAGGAAAUGCUCCUUGAAGGAUAUUGACCUGGCCUAGAAGACGCUUACACACGUGUCGCGAAAUGGGGAUUGUGUGCGCUCUCCUCGCAGUGGAAGAAACCGCUAUUUAGAGACGUUAUCGGAGAGGUUCGUGAAUCGCAGUUACCCCGAGUGGGAGCUGAGAAAAGGCUGAAGGUCGAAGAACUGUCGGCUAGAGCAUUCAGAGCUCCGUGAACAACCGGAGAGUCUGAUGGAGUUGCCUAUAGGCACCACCACCGUUUGUCACUAGAAUGUUCGUUGCUGGAAAUAGUGAAUUCUAGUCAGUUAAUUUGGCACUAUGGGGAUACAAGGACUACUACAGUUUAUCAAAGAAGCUUCUGAACCCAUCCAUGUGAGGAAAUACAAAGGACAGGCAGUAGCUGUGGAUACAUAUUGCUGGCUUCACAAAGGAGCCAUUGCUUGUGCUGAUAAACUAGCCAAAGGUGAACCUACUGAUCGGUAUGUGGGAUUUUGCAUGAAAUUCGUAAAUAUGUUAUUAUCUCAUGGAAUCAAACCUGUUCUUGUUUUUGACGGAUGCACUUUACCUUCAAAAAAAGAAGUGGAAAGGUCUAGAAGAGAACGACGACAAGCCAAUCUCCUUAAGGGAAAACAGCUUCUUCGUGAGGGGAAAGUCUCAGAAGCUCGAGAAUGUUUUACCCGUUCUAUCAAUAUCACACAUGCUAUGGCCCACAAAGUGAUUAAAGCUGCUAGGUCUCAGGGAGUGGAUUGCCUUGUGGCUCCUUAUGAAGCUGAUGCACAAUUGGCCUAUCUUAACAAAGUUGGAAUUGUACAAGCAAUAAUCACAGAGGAUUCUGAUCUCCUAGCUUUUGGCUGUAAAAAGGUGAUUUUAAAAAUGGACCAAUAUGGAAAUGGACUAGAAAUUGAUCAAGCUCGGCUAGGAAUGUGUAGACAACUUGGGGAUGUAUUCACAGAAGAGAAAUUCCGUUACAUGUGUAUUCUUUCUGGCUGUGACUAUCUCUCAUCACUGCGUGGGAUUGGAUUAGCAAAGGCAUGCAAAGUGCUAAGACUGGCCAAUAAUCCUGACAUUGUAAAGGUUAUCAAGAAAAUUGGACAUUAUCUCAAGAUGAAUAUAACAGUACCUGAGGAUUACAUUGAAGGAUUUAUUCGAGCCAACAACACCUUCCUUUAUCAGCUAGUUUUUGACCCCAUCAGAAGGAAACUCAUCCCUCUGAAUGCCUAUGAAGAUGACAUUGAUCCAGAAACACUGAGCUAUGCUGGACAGUAUGUUGAUGAUGCCAUAGCUCUUCAGAUAGCACUUGGAAAUAAGGAUAUCAAUACUUUUGAGCAGAUUGAUGACUACAAUCCAGAUACCGCCAUGCCUGCCCAAAUGAGAAGUCAUAGUUGGAACGACAAAGCCUGUCAAAAGACAUUUAAUGUAAAUAGCAUUUGGCAUAGGAAUUAUUGCCCUAGAACUGAGUCGGAAAUUGUUUCAGAUGUUACACGAUUGAAGGAAAAUCCAAGUACUGUUGGCAUUGAGCAAACUAUUAGUACCAAAGGAUUGAAUCUUCCAAGGAAGUUAUCCAUUUUGAAAAGACAAAGAAGUGAGCUGUCAGAAGAUGAUCUAUUGAGUCAGUAUUCCCUUUCAUUUACAAAGAAGACUAAGAAAAAUAGCUGUGAAGAUAAUAAAUCAAUGAACUCUUCUGAAAUGUUUGUGCCUGACCUGGAAGAUGGACGUACUAGUGAAAAAAGCUUGAGUACCCCACCGAGGACAAGAAAUAAGUUUGCCACAUUUUUGCAGAGAAAAAAUGCAGAAAGUAAUGGUGUUGUGGUUCCAGGAACCAGAAGCAGGUUUUUUUGUAGUUCUCUGGAUUCUGCUGAUUGUGUGUCAAAGGAAGAGAGCAACCAGGGUCUCAAUGAGACAGCUGUCACAGAAAAGGAGAACACUCCAAGUCAAUCCGAUUGUCCAAACCUAGAAGGCAAAAAACUGGAAGCAUGUAAUUCAGAUGAUCAGAUUCCAGAAGAUGUAACUGUGUUUGUUGAUGAAGAGCCUCAGACUCUAAAGACCAGCAAAUUCACACGGACCAUUUCACCGUCCACUCUGGGGACGUUAAGAAGCUGUUUUAGUUGGUCUGGGAGUCUUAAAGAGUUUUCAAGAAGUCUGAGCCCCCCUACAAGCACAGCACUGCAGCAGUUCCAGAGAAGGAGCAGUUCCCCCACCUCUGUGCCUGAACAUGGGAAGGCGUGUGAUGCAUCUCAGUUAAAGACUGAUGCGUCAGUUGAUGAACUUCAUCCCUUCCAUGAAGAAGGUUGUUCUUCACAGUCUCAGGAAAGUGUGGAAUUAUCAUCACCACACAGUUUAAAUACAUCAAAACUGUCUCAGCCUUCCAGUAAAGAUUCUGAUUCAGAGGAAUCUGAUUGCAAUAUUAAAUCACUUGAUAAUCAAGAUAAUCAGAACUCUAAGCUGCAUUUAUCUCAUUUAUCAUCAAAAAACACACUACUAAAGAAUAAGGUUCCUGGGCUAUAUAAAUCCAGUUCUGCAGACUCCCUUUCUACCAAGAUCAAACCUCUGGUGCCUGCCAGAGCCAGUGGGCUGAGCAAGAAGUCAGCCAGCAUCCAGAGGAGGAAUCACCAUAAUGCUGAGAACACGCCAGGAUUGCAGAUAAAAAUCAAUGAGCUGUGGAAAAAUUUUGGCUUUAAAAAAGAUUCCGAAAAGCUUCCUUCUUGUAAGAAGCCCCUGUCUCCAGUCAAAGAUAACAUCCAACUAACUCCAGAAAUGGAAGAGGAUAUAUUUAACAAGCCUGAAUGUGCUCAUGUUCAGAGAGCAAUAUUCUAACAAUGGCAGACUGCUAGGAGGCUGUUGCUUGCAAGAGAAUCUUAUCAAUUUGAAGUCCUUAUUUGAGAAUAAGGCGAUUACCAGCUUGAAAAAUUUGUUCUUAAAUCAAUGCCAUUUUAAGAAUAGAAUUUGUCUUGUAUAUGAACUAUGUAAUUCUUUUGCUCAGCUUUUUAUAUUUUCACAAGAAGUUAUAUUGAAGAACAAUUCUCUCUUUGAUAGGUUUUGGAAGUUUUAAUUAAUUAGGAAAAUCCCCUGGAGUGUAUACAAUUCUGAAGAUUUCUGUAAUGCCUAGUACGAAGAUGUUAAAUAUAAAGCUACAAUUCUGUA